GUCGACUGCCGCAGAUGAUGGGUGUCAGUCAGGACUCAGCAUCCUUGUGAGAAGAGUAGUAAAUCAGGGGGCGCAUCGUACUUCUUUCGUCAAGAAAACUCCUUAGAGAGAAACGUGCUAGCCAGCUCUAUUGCUUUGGGAUCACCACAUUUUCUUGGUCAGCAUCGCCGGUGGAAGGCGGCUUUGCUUGCGCACUGAAAGGAUAACCGCUGAGCUGGGUGGUAGCUGGAAAUGAGCAGGUUAUUGGGGAACAGAUCAAUCCGGAAUUCUCAGCAUCUACCAAAGGAGGCCGGGAGAAGCAAGCAGGCAGCCACUUCUGGCGCAUGCCGAGCUUGAGGCAAGGAUUUCUCAUCCGCAAAGGUAACGAGAUUCUAUCAGUGCGUAUUGGAGCCGUUAACACCCAAGGGAUCCCUCAGUCACUCAGGGGAUCCCUCAGUCACCACAAGAAGAAUUGGGGCAUAUCAGCGCACCCCUUUGAAUCCAGCUUGCUUUGGCUCACCCGCAAUGGCUCCCCUUUCCGUGUGGCCCUGGCUGCUAGGAGUAUAUGUUCUGGCCGCCACGCUCAACCUCGCUUCAGCGCAAGGCCCGCCAACAGGACGCCCACCAACAUUGCAGGGGCCUCCGCCAACUACCCUCCCCGUGACUCCCACUCCCCAGGGGACCAGCCUUCCCUCCCCUCUGCAGCCCCCCCCUACAAACCCUCAAGCGGGUCCCCGCCUCCUGUGCUUCAAUCUACCCAGCCUCCUUCGCCGUCCAGUCCCUCUCCCUCUCUUCCUUCACCCAUCACUCCCCUUCCUACCGAGAGCGCCACUCCCCGUUCUGCUAGCAUCAGCGCCACUUCCCUUUCUACUCGCACCAGCGGCUCUCCCCCUCCGCAAAGUAACCCACCGCCCGAGGCUGUGAUCCUGUCCCAAACUACUGUAGUGUCAGCCCCCCCUACGCAAGUCAACGCCCUUUCCUCCGCCUCUCUCCCCUCAAAUAGCCCCCCUCCUGUCAAACCCGGACUUGCUUCAUCUCCGGCCCCAAAAGCCAACCCGCCGCCUAAGACCACAGUUUCUACCGCCUCCCCUCUACCUAAGGUCCCCCCUCCUGGCGCGUCUGUUUCGUCUUCUCCCCCAAUUAAAUCCACCAUGCCCCCGCUCUCUCAGUCUCCCCCACUUCGAGCCAACCCGCCAUCACUUCUGUCGUCUCCCUUGCCCAAAGUGGCCCCCCCUCAAAGCCCCGUGCCCUCUUCCCCUUCCCCGACCGCAUCUAAGAACCUGCCGCCACCUCGCAAUCCUCCCCCUACGAGCGAUCCCCGGCUUCCAAAAGUGGGCUCUCUUGCGGUCUCUCAAACUCCCCCAGUUAAAGGUAGUCCACCACCAAAGGGUUCCCCGCCUCAAAGCACCGUGGCUUCAUCUUCCCCGCCUCCCCAAGUGAAAAGCCCGCCCCCACUGCGCAACCCUCCCCCCACGAAAGCCGCGAUUUCACUGCCUCCAGCCACCAAAGCAAACCCGCCUCCUCAAACCAAAAACUCGCCCCCUCCGACUAAAACUUCCCCUGGCAGCGCCCCUCCCCCCAUCAAACCAAACCCGCCCAUCCAAACCUACAACAAGCCGCCUCCGAAAUCUCCCCCCCCCCCGGGUGCCCCUCCCCCUCCCAAGGCCAAGCUUUCCCCACCUCCGCCCCCCAAGAAAAACCCACCUCCUCCAACUCGUCGCCCGCCACCUCCGAAAAGCCCCGUGCCUCCCCCACCACGCUCAAAAGCAAAUCCCCCCCCGCCGCGGCGGGCCCCGCCUCCACCCCCUGUGAGGCAGUGCAGGUCGACCUCCGAUUGCCCCACGAAUAAAGGCUGCUGCACCGAAGAGUCUACGGGCAAAGUUGGCGUUUGCACAAAUGUGCCAGUAUUGUCAAAUGGAACCCAGGUCUGCUACAGCUGCAAUUAUUUCAACGGGCCGACCUGCCCUCCUGAAUUCGGAGUAUGCUGCUCCGACGGAGAGUGCAGAGCGUCGGCCAAUGAGUGCACCUGUUUCUACACCUCAUCCGACUGUCCAACAGGCCAUUGUUGCAACCACGACUACUUUACGAGCUCUUCAGGUUUCUGUACCGAUAUGCCAGUCCUUUCGAACGGCACCCAGGUUUGUUUUGACUGUCAUGAUUUCAACGGCCUCGUCUGCCCUGACAACAAGGCUUUCUGCUGUCCCGACGGAAAGUGCGCUGCAAACGAGAGUGCAUGCACCUGCCAAUCCUCAGAUUCAUGCCCCGCUGGGUAUUGCUGUACUGGAUCGAACGGUGUCGAUGAAUGCGGCGCGAGUGAGAGCGGUUGCAAGUGCGAAGCCUGCACCUGCGACUACCUUAGCGAAUGCCCCACCGGUUUCUGCUGUACUGAAGCGAGCCCCGGCCAGACAGGGAGGUGCACGAACGCGCCCAUCAACAGCAGCGGCAAGCAGGUUUGUCCAAAUUGCAACUAUUGGAACGGGCUGAGCUGCCCCGCUGGCAAAGGAACGUGCUGCGCAAAUUCAGGGCAGUGCGUUGCAUCUCCAACCUCCUGUCCAUGUGAAGGCUCCUACGAUUGCCCCUCCAACACUUGUUGCAGCACCGAGUACGAGUCCGACAACUUGAAUUACAAGCAGGGUACCUGUUACAAGAGAGCAGUCCUUGCAAACGGCACACAAAUCUGCCCGAACUGCAACCUCUUCAACGGUCUCAGCUGCCCCGCUUCUAAACCAACGUGCUGCCCCGCGUCAGGAGAGUGCGCUGCAAAUGAGAGCGCAUGCACCUGCGAAUCGUCCUAUUCAUGCCCCGAUGGGUUCUGUUGUACUGGAUCGAACGGUGUCGAUGAAUGCGCCGCUGGUGGAAGCGGUUGCAAGUGCGGACGCUGCCCCUGCCAGUACUCCAGCCAAUGCCCCACCGGUUUCUGCUGUACUGAGGAGGGCUCCGGCCAAACAGGGAAGUGCACGGACGCGCCCAUCGACAGUGGCGGCACGCAGGUGUGUCUAGACUGCAACGAUUGGGACGGGCUGAGCUGCCCGGCCGGCAAAGGAACGUGCUGCGCAACGGGGCAGUGCGUCGCAUCAGGAGCCUCCUGCCCAUGCUUCGGCUCCGACAACUGCCCGGACAACACUUGCUGCAGCCGCGAGUACGAGUACGACUACGACGACUACGAGUACUACCGUCCCAAGCAGGGUACCUGUUAUGGCUCGCCAUUCCUUGGAAACGGCACACAAAUCUGCCCAGACUGCAACAAUCUGAACGGUCUCAGCUGCCCUGCCGGCAAAGGAACGUGCUGCCGGACAGGGGAGUGCGUUGCGUCAGGAAUUACCUGCCCAUGCAGAGGCGCCUCCGAUUGCCCGGUCAACACUUGCUGCAGCAGCAAUUCCGAGUACGAUCCCGACACCGGGGAUUUAAAGCGGGGUACCUGUUACAACACGCCAAUCCUUGCAAACGGCACACAAAUCUGUCCGGAGUGCAACCGCCUGAACGGUCUCAGCUGCCCCGCUUCUAAACCAACGUGCUGCGCGUCAGGAGACUGCGCUGCAAACGAGAGCGAAUGCCCCUGCCUGUCCUCAUAUUCAUGCCCCGAUGGGUUCUGCUGUUAUAGAUCGAACGGUAUUGAUGAAUGCGCUGCAAAUGAGAGCGGUUGCAAGUGCAAAGUCUGCACCUGCACGUACUCCGGCCAAUGCCCCAUUGGUUACUGCUGUACUGAGGAGAACUCCGGCCAAACAGGGAAGUGCACGAACGCGCCCAUCGACAGCGGCGGCACGCAGGUGUGUCCAGACUGCAACGAUGAUUGGAACGGGCUGAGCUGCCCGGCCAGCAAAGGAACGUGCUGCGAAACGGGGCAGUGCGUCGGAUCAGAAGCCUCCUGCCUGCCAUGCAGAGGCUCCUACGAUUGCCCGGACAACAAUUGCUGCAGCCGCGAGUAUGAGUACGACUACGACACCGGGAGUUACGCGCAGGGUACUUGUUACACCACGCCAGUCCUUGCAAACGGCACACAAGUCUGCCCGAACUGCAACUAUUGGAGCGGGGUGGACUGCCCUGCCGGAAAAGAAACGUGCUGCGCAACGGGGCAGUGCGUCGCGUUGGGAACCACCUGCCCAUGUAGAGGCGCCUCCGAUUGCCCGGAAAACACUUGCUGCAGCCGCGAGUACGAGUACGACUUCGGGGGUUACAAGCAGGGUACCUGUUACAACACACCAGUCCUUGCAAACGGCACACAAAUCUGCGCGGACUGCAAUUUUCUGAACGGACUCAGCUGCCCCGCUUCUAAACCAACAUGCUGCCCGCUCGGAGAAUGCGCUGCAAACGAGAGCGCAUGCACCUGCCAAUCGUCGGAUACAUGCCCCUCCGUUGAUUUAUGUUGUAUUGGAUCGAACGGUGUCGAUGAAUGCGCCGCGAAUGAGAGCGGUUGCAAAUGCGGAACCUGCCCCUGCGAGAACUCCAGCCAAUGCCUCUUCGGUUUCUGCUGUACCGAAGAGGACUCCGGCGAAACAGGGAGGUGCACGAACGCGCCCAUCAACGGCAGCGGCAUGCAGGUGUGUCCAGACUGCAAUUACUGGAACGGGCUGAGCUGCCCCGCCAGCAAAGGAACGUGCUGCUUAUCGGGGCAGUGCGUGGCGCCGGAUUCUUGCCCAUGCACCGACGGCUGGGAUUGCGCGUACAACACUUGCUGCAGCCGCGAGAUUGAGUACGACAACACCGGGAAUCUCAAGCAGGGUACCUGUUACGACACGCCAGUCCUUGCGAACGGCACACAAGUCUGCCCGGACUGCAACUACUUCGACUUCUACGGUGUCAGCUGCCCCGACUCUAAAUCAACGUGCUGCCCGUCAGGAAGGAGAGUGGCUAGCUCGCGAAGGGGCCCUCGGAGGACCGGCUGGAUUGCUGUUAGUGAAUGGCAACCGAGUCGAUGUGCUUACACCUAG